ACAGUCAGCAACAGCACAAAAUUAGGCAUUUUAACAUUAAGUUCUAAAAUCCAAAACAUCAUUUAGCUAUCGCUUUGUUUUUUUUGGACGCCAUUAAACAGCUGAUGGAAUGUAAAUACAUAAACUUAUAAUGUGCAGCCAGUUUUACAUUUUGAAAAUGAAUUUCUUGAUUUAUGUAUCAAUUUUUUCUCGAAAUCAACCCACGAAUAUUUUGAGGUUAUGAGAUGCAUUAAAUUAUUUUGAACUAUCGCUAUUCAAAAUUGACCGAGAAAUAAAAGACGAGUGUGUGAAAACAUUAAGAAAAACCUUGACAAGAGUGUAACGCAGACUUUAAAUACAGAUACAAAAUACAAGAUAAAAGUGAAUAGAUCAACAUAGGUUUUUUACUUAGUAUUACUAAUAUGGACCCUAUGGAGUUGGAUCUCGACUUUUCGGUGGACAAAAUCAAAGAUUUUCUGAAUAAUAAACUGGAAGCGGUCCGCCUUGACAACGCGAGGUUGCAAGAAACCCUGACCAAACGUAAACAAAUUUCAUUGAAUUCUUCAGCAAAACAUGGUUCCACCUUAGUCAUGGUGCAUCCCAAUGUGUGGAAGAAAUUGAAUAACGGUAAAUACGUCAUCGGAAUGAACUUGGAUGCGAGAGCCGCAGUGAUGAAUAUUAGGCCCCUGUUGAAGUGGGACUGUGCCGAGCCAUUUAAUUACGUUACAAACAUUUACGGCGAGUUUCAGGGGGCCCACGACGUUUCCGAAUGCGCAUUAGUGACGAAUACGGUGGCACGAGUGACUACAGCUGUGGAGGGCUCUUUAACGAUUACUAUUACGUUCGAAAUUCCCACGUGCCCAGAUCCCGAACACGUUAUCUCGGGCGCGAUAUCGGUUCGCGUGCAAAACGAAGAAAUUGUCGUACCUAUGGCGCCCGUUUCCCUUUCGGCCCUCGAUUACGCUAACCGAUCGCUCCAAAAUCACAACCCCCGACUAUUCAGCAUUGAAAAUUUGUUUGCGUUAAUUUCUGCCAGUGAAAAUUCCGACUUAGUUAUGAUUACGCCGGAAAAUCGGUCAAUGGACCUAGGGAGCUUGUUCGAAAUACACUGCGCAUUGACAAAACUUGAAGUCGGUUCGAGCUGCAAAAGCUAUUACUUAUCGUACAACGUUUCUGGCGCGUUUGAUGGUUCCCUAGUUUCCGUACAUGAUCCCGGCGAAGCCCACACGUAUUUCAUCACCAUUUACGCUGGAGACAAUCGGAGCCUCUUUGCGUUGCUUCACCAUUUGCAUUCGUGCGCUACGGAGAUUGUUUGUUUCCCUCAAACGUAUUACGAAAACUACGCGGCCCGCAACACGCUAGGAUGCGAGAAACUCCUACAAGAUUUUCGUAAAAGUAUGAGCGACGAAGUGAAAUUCGUUAGAGAAAUUUUGGCCGGAAAUUCCGUGGACGGUUUUGGCGAUAAACUGGCCGCGCUCGAGAGAGAAACUGAUAGACUGUAUCUUAAGGUGUCCAAUAUGCGCCAUUAGGCCACUUAUAAAUGUUUUUUUUUAAGAGGGGGUUGAUUUCUUUAAGUUAUAGAAACUUGCAACAACCUUAAAAUUUCAACACAGCUGGGCAUGCAAAGAUUCAGAGUCAGCUACUCUAUUUUGUAGCUGAUCUCGCUAGCUAAUUUUAGGUUGGAAUGUUUUACUAAGGCUCCAUAACAAAAAACGAGAUCAUAUAUUGAUACAAAACGUAAAAAUAACUUCAAAGCUUCGACGGCUAAGAAAAUACCGUUUCAUAAAACUGACAGCAUACUCCGAUUUUACCAACUCCCACAAAAUUUCCCUACUCUUAAAAUACAAUAGUCCGCACGGCACAGUUUUUGUCCGUUAACAUCUUAAAUACGGCCCUAGCUUGUUGUACACGUGCUGAAAAGAAUGGCUUCUUCCGCUUUACAACAGGCGGGUCUUAAACCCAUUCCGAAAUCAAAAUUUUAUAAACACGUCUUGAAGAAUAACUUGCUGACAGUCAUCGAACCCUAUAAGUUCGCCGGUUCAACUGAUUACAAUUAAUUACUGCGUCUUGGCAUUUUUUAAAAUCAAAAUUAGAUACCCUAAAGCCACAUUUUCAACCUUACUUAAUUUUAAAUAAUUUUUUACUUACCUAGAGUGCUUUGAAAAGACUAGAAUUGAUUUCACCAGCCAGAACUUAAAAUCACGCAUUCCGAAAGUAUUUCCGCCAAAUUCCUACUUUUUUACACCAAUAUUUAUAUUUUUGGUUUGUGAAUGUAUUACGUUUAGUAAGAUGACUCGUAAAAUUUGACAUACCAAAACCAAUUGGGAUUACAUCAUAUACAUAUUACUACUAUUAGGGGUUCUACAAUUCAGUGAGACCUCUGGCGUAAAAAAUAUUACUAUUGAUUGCAAGUAAAAUAUUAGGGAAUGGUUGCACUGUUUCCAUAUUCGGUAUUUUUAUAAAUUCAUCCGAAAGUUCAACGUUAAAGCAAAAGCUAAUUUUUUGGUAUAAAGAUUUAAAGAUUUUCUCUUUGUUAUAGGUUUCUAUAUCCUGAUUUUAUCGAGACAUCCGUGCUCUUAAGUCAUUUUUCACAAAUCACCAUCACACAAAAUGGUUACAGAAUACUAACAAUGCUUUAUUGUCGCUUAUACAGGCAGAAUGAGCUCUUCAAACAUUCAUGUAAACAUUGGGAUUCAAAGUUUAACGAGCACGUUUGUGUACGUGUAGCAGCGCCACCAUCAGAGAAUAAAUGCGUGGAUUCUUCUCCAAUUUACGCAAUCAGUCUUUUUUCGCUAUCGAUCGAUAUUUCAUUUUGAAAGCGGAGUGGUUGUUUUAUGUUGAUUUUGGGGUUUCGGAACGGGACACAGUUUACAUCACAGAAUAUUAAAAAUUCGGCGAAGUUAAAAACUGCCUCGCUGCUAUUUUUUGUCGGAGCGUUUUAUCUUCCAUUUACUUUUUAAAAUAUAUUAAAUCAAAAUAAACCAAAUUUAUAACGUAGGAUUUUUUUGUAUCAAUUUCAAAAUAGAACAAACUAUUAGGUAUUAAAAAAUUUUAAUUUUUAUAUAAAAAAAUUUACAGAGUUUUAUCUUCUUAUGAAGAAGCUCGACUGCAAUUAUGUUUUAUUUAUUAUGUAGCAAUGAAAGACAACGUUUAAAGAAUUUUAUAUGUAAAUUACGGUUGCUCAGAUGAUUUUCACCCAUCCUGAUUGGCAAGGCUCAGUUACUAAAUACCAUUAACCGAAAAAUCACCUGACCUCACCCUGUAUUGAUUACUUUCCAUAUAUAUUGAAAAUUAAUUUUUCUAACCCAAUUUCAUUACGUCCAAUUGCUGCCAAAGUAACUUUUCAGUUGGCAAUAAAGAAAUUACUAUUAAAAUUACCAAGUCGCUGCACUGAAAUGCUAAUAGGGAACUUAAACAAAAUCUUAAUUUGAAAAAUAUUGCUUAUAUUUUAAGUGAAUACUAUUAAACCAAAUAAUUUAGUAGUUCUAUGUAACCAAUAUAAGCAAUUAAAAAUUGUAAAACUUAAAUCGUCUUUGAAACGCGCUGUCAUUGGCUGUGACCGGUUGUGACGCCCAUUCCCUCGUUAGACUACGCGUCAGCCGGACCGUAGCAUAGAGAAGCUAAUAGAAAACAACAACGCGUUCGUCUUGGUGGUUUUAAUUUAAAUUUUAGUCCUCAUUCUGUCGUUUGCGUUUGUUAUCUUGGGGUUAGUACCAAAAAGAAAGUUUUGAAAAUGACCGAAGCCGAUUUUUUAAAAGGUCAAUCUGAGAACUUACCUUUAGUGGAUAUGUUUAUGGUGACAUUUUACAUACAAAACACCGAAAGUUUUUCUUUUGCUGAGGUACGCGAUGCUAAAGCUAAAAGGUAUGUUGAUAGAAAAUUUAGCUAUUAGUUUUAAAUCAAUAUAAUCUUGUUAUCAGCUUAAAGUUUUCUAGUUUUUAAAAAAUUCAAAUGGUCUGUCAAAUAAAACGUAAAUUAUUCAACAAAAAAAAACAUUUUUUUAAUUUGUGGAAAUCUAACCUUUAUUUUAUAUAGAUCAGUUUGAAGAGUUAAAAAUAUUUCCACGGUCAAGGCUAAAGUGAUACCUGAACAUAAUGUUAAUAAAAAAAAGUUUAUCGGGCAUUUUACGGGAUGUACUGAAUCACGAUGGCACGAUUUGUAAUAUUAUUUUUGUGUUGGUUCCAUUAUUAUCAUGUAAAGCACACUAAGCACAAAUACAAACUGGCGUAGAUUAAAUACAAACGCACCUUUACAAGAGCCAAAAAUAAACGUAAAUAAUAUAAUUCUCGACCUGAGAACAACACUAUAACAUGUCGCCGUAUCGACCGAAAAGCCGCGGUAUGACGUCACGAUCAUUCCCGCGCGUUUAAUGUCGUUUGAAAGGAAUUCCCGGCCGGCACAACCUGAAUUAUUUAUUGCAACUU